AUGCGUGUUAAUUUUAAGCUAGAAAGAAGCAAACUAAUAAGGAAAAAGAAUGCCAGCCUAAAUGUGUACAAAAUUAAACAACGUAAGGACGAGUUUCAAGUACAGCUAAGGAACAGAUUCCAAGUGCUUCAAGAUGAAGUAAACCAGGAAGAUGUAAAUGAUAUCUACAAUAGAUUUUCUCACACUGUCCAAACAUGUGCUCUUGAGAUAGCAGGCCAAAGGGAAAAUCAAACAACUGACAAGAUCACAAAGGAGACACUCGAUCUGAUGGGGAAAAGGGGACAAAUGAAGGUAUCAACACAGAAGGAUAGCAUAGAGUAUACAGAAUCGUGCAAAACCAUUAGAAAACGCAUGAAAAGUGAAAUUCGCAGCUUCGAGAUAAAGAAAGUCCAAGAGACCAUAACAAAUAAUAGCAGCUAUAAAGCAACCAAACAUCCGAUUGAAGUACCCCCAGGAGAUGAAAAUGGAUUCAUCUACGAGUACGAGACAUUUACGGCUAUGGUACCAGAGGUAAACAUUGCCAUAGACCGUAUAGUACUGACGGAUCCCGUGGACAAGCAGAUCAGGAUAUCAGUUAAUACAACCACGAUCUCGGCAAGAAUACGGAUCGGGAGUUUCGUCGACACGGGGUAUGUCGUCGGGGAUCGUAAUUGGCGCCUGACGUUCUUCGCUGCCAACUCAACUAAUUAUAGAUUAUCAGAUGAAUUUCCAGUGAAGCUAUCAAAGAAGCAACAAGCGAUGGGUCUGAACACAGCUUCAACUUUGACAUUCAACAAUGUCAGAUGUGAUUUGAUUUUAGGUUCAUUGAACUGUUCGACCUUUACGCGCAUUUGCGCGAAAGUCUACGAUAGUCACGAGGCCUACUGGGUCAAAGGUGAAAGGUCAAUGGAUAUCGGUUGCACGGAUAUAAACUGUCACUAUGGCAACAAGGCAGUAUCGUCUUUGGAAGCAAUCAGCUACAUCCUACUCUUGAUAUCAAUACAGACGGUUUGGAUAGGACAUUACGACGUCAUCGAAAGACUGUAUUACCAUGUGUUAAUUUUUAAUGAGAUGGUAUGAUAUUCCCCUAAAUGCAAUUAUGUAAGCGAAGUGGACCACUUUGACAUCAUCAGUGGAAAGAAGGUAAAUCGUUUAAAAGUAUUUGAUUUUUUCAGAUGAAUUUCCACUGAAGCUUUCAAAGAACCAACAAGAGAUGGGCUUGAACACAGCUUCAACUUUGACAUUCAACAAUGUCAGAUGUGAUUUGAUUUUAGGUUCAUUGAACUGUUCGACCUUUAUUUACUUUAAGUUCGCUUAAUUUUACAAAACAGUUCGAUGCACAUUUUUGUCUGUAAGUAAAUGAGCAAAUGAGCAGACUGAUGACGUUACCCACUCACUAUUUGUUUUGUAUAUUAUCAUAUGAAGUAUGAAAACUUCCUAGUUUCUCCUCAUUGGCACGUGAAACCAAUUUUAUUCCUACCUGAACAUGUAUAAGGACCAUUAUUUUAACAGUUUAUGAUUGAGUCAAGUUGG